AUGAAAUAAUCACUUUAAUCAAUUCUAUAAACUAAAUCCUAGUAUGAUUUUAUCACUGGAAUCAUGGAUAAUGAAUAAGAAGAUAUUAAAUCAAAAACAACUUACAAAACUUAAUUUAAAUUUAAUAAAUCGAAAUCAUGUUUCUCAAUUACUCCAAAAUCAUAACCAUCAAAAGUUAAAAAAAGACCUAUUUAUUUAAGAUUUAUUAAUCAUUCAACUCAUUAAUAAGAAACUAACAAUCUAAUUUCUCUGAAGACUCUCUUUAAAGAUUACUAAUAACCAUAAAUGUUUAAUACUAAUUAUUCAACAUGGUCAACAUCUCAUAAAUAAACAAUUUAAUCAAAUUAUAUCCCACCUAUUAAGAAAAAUUAUUUGUUAAUAAAAACACCAGAUAAUAAUUAACCUGCUGUUGGAUAUUAUAAUCCUUCUUUGCCAAAAAAAGUUAGAGGUUCUGUUAAAUUGAUUUCUUAAAAUACUUCAUCAUAAUCAUAAUCUCUUAAUAUUUUAUUAAAUUAAAAUGAAAAACAAGAAUCUCCUUUAUAAAAAGAGGAAUUUAUUAAAGUACCUGAAGUUAAGAUGUAGAGGUAUUAUGAUAAUGAAAAAAAGAAAUUGAUGUCAAAAUCAUCAUUUUAACUUCCUCUUAAAGACUUAAAUGAAAAUCCUUUCACAAAAUAAUGGUCUAUAUUUUUGGCUUAUAAAAAUAAAUUUAAAAUAUUAAGAGAUCAUAAAUAUGAAGAUUCACUUAAAUGA